AUCGUUAAAUGGAGGUUCACUUCAAAAUACAGUUCAAAACAAGAAACAACUUGCACUAAUACCAAAGAAGGAAGUAAAAUUUCACGGAAUUUGUUGCAUCAAAUGUUAAUAACAAAUGUAGUUUUGUAAAUAUGUGGUGAUUUCAAAAUUAGAUGUUAGCGGAAAUGUCAAAGACACACGUUUUCCCAAAAUGGGUAAUUCGAGGUCGGUUAGUCAAAUAACAAACCAUGAAUGAAUCACAUGAAAGAAAGAAACCCAGGGGUAAGGGAAAACAAGACGAAAAGGCGACCCCUAGGGAGAAAAACAACGACCUAUUUGUGGUGGCCAUUGACUUUGGGACUUCGUACACGGGAUAUGCUUACGCACAGAGGGACAGCUAUGAGACCGACCCACUGAGGAUCUACGGCAUGAAAAUUGACAAUAACCAGCAACUUGGAAAGGUGCCGACAUCGAUACUGUUAACUCCAGACAAUUCAUUCCACUCGUUUGGUAAAACGGCUGAGGACACUUAUGGCGAGAAGUGCAGCAAUGGAGAGAGAGAUUGGAAAUUGUUCAAGAACUUUAAGAUGACCCUGUACAAUGCCAGUGAUAAGAAAACAACGAGGGGUCUUGUAAUAGAAGACUGCCGAGGGAAUACAAUAUCUGCGAUCACUCUGUUUACGUUAAUGUUUAGUCACCUGAAAAGCGCAUUUGUCAAACAACUGGAAGAAGCCACCAAAGGAGUUCCGGAUGAUUGGAUUCGCUGGGUGAUCACUGUUCCCGCCAUUUGGGACGACUCGGCCAAGCAGUUCAUUAGGGAGGCAGCAGAGAAGGCUGGAAUAAGGAAGAUAAUCUUAGCUCUGGAGCCGGAGUGCGCCGCGUUGUAUUGUGGAACUCUGCUCCAGGGACUGAGAGAUACGCUCAAAAAUCAAGCACUGCGGAUUGUAGGUCCCGGAUCUCGGUACAUCUUGCUGGACAUGGGAGGUGGAACGGUUGACAUCACGGCCCAUGAGGUGAGCCGCGACUUCACUUAUGACGAGCUGUUCGCUGCCAAUGGCGGGCCAUGGGGAGGAGAGAAUGUCAACAUAGCAUUCCAAGAGUAUCUCUGCGAAAUCUUCACAAAACCUGUGUUUUCUGAGUUUUGCAAGGUUCAUACGGAAGAUUUUUAUGAUCUAAUGGGAGCUUUUGAACAAAAGAAAAGGACCUUUGAAGCUAGGAUGGUUCAAGAGAACAAAUUCGUCGUCAUUAAAUUGCCAUAUUAUCUUGGCAAGGAUUUUCCUCUAAACACCCCGAUGGAUUUGGCAGUGAAAGAGCAUGAUAAGUUAAAGAUACCUGCAAAACAUAUGAUGGGGUUCUUUAAUGGUACGCUUGACGAAAUAUCCCGACACAUUAAAAAUAAGCUCAAAACAGAAGAACUGAAAGAUAUCAACAAUGUUAUACUGGUAGGUGGCUUUAGUGUACCAAAUAUAGUUAAAGACCGUCUCAAAGAGGUAUUUCCGGAAAACGCCAACUUUUACUGCCCAGAAAACUCCGAAGUCGCCACUCUGGAAGGAGCAGUAUUGUACGGACAGUCUCAAAUUCACACAACAUAUGAAAAAUCAAAGCCUCGUAGUAUAACACCAAGCAUCAACUCGAGACGAAGUAGGUUUACCUAUGGAAUGGACUCCCAUGUACAGUUUAACCCAACAAAGCACCCAGAAAGCAAGAAAUUCAGGGAUGGUGAUGAGGUGUUUUGUAAAGACUAUUUCUGGGUCCUUCUUAGGGCUGGAGCAAAGUUAUCUCGAGAUAAAAAAGGUACGAUGAGGACGUUCACCAUGGACAAAGACUCUACAACACUGGAUGUUGUUAUCUACAAAACGGAGAAUCCAAGUCCAAAGUUUGUGGACGACCCGGGCUGUUUGAGGCUCGGAACUCUUGUUGUUGACAUGACAGAAGGCUUGGGGAUUCCGAAUCGAGAAAUCAAAAUCGGACUACAGUACAACGAUACAGAAUUGAAUGUCUACGCCAUUAACAACAGAGAUGAGAUUGUCAAGACGACGUUUGAUUUGCUAGCGUAGAUUAGUAUGUUAGGGUUGAUAGAAAAAGUAUAUAACAGCAAUUGCUUAUUAUAUUUUUUUAAACGUUGAAUUUUCAAUUGCCAUUUGAUUGUUUGCAGUGUUAUACAAUAUCUAUCAUACAAUAUUCAAUAUAUUUGGCAUAUUUUUUUUAUAUAUUAAAUGUCACAUAGUUUACAUACAUGUAUAUUACCCAUUUACUCAAAUAAAGAGAUCGAAUAUGUUUUGUUAAAGAAUUAUCUAGAAAAUCUAAUAAAACGAAAUUAAGACGUUA